AUGGAGCGGAUUCCGGCGCUGGGCUUGGGCACCUGGCAGGCGGCUCCAGGGGAAGUGACAGAGGCAGUGAAAUUGGCCAUCGACGCCGGAUAUCGGCACUUCGACUGCGCCUACUUAUACCACAGCGAGAGUGAGAUUGGAGCCGGGAUCCAGUGCAAGAUCAAGGAGGGCGUGGUGAAGCGGGAGGACCUGUUUAUCGUCAGUAAGGUAGGACUUCACACCCGUGGGAAGUCCCUGUGAAAGCAGCGCACCCCGAGUCUAAGGGCCUUGAAGCUGGAGUGCCUGGACCUCUACCUCAUACACUGGCCCAUGGGUUUCCAGCCCGGGGUGGAAGACAUGCCCUUGGACCCCAGCGGCAUGGUGAUACCCAGUGACACCGACUUCCUGGACACGUGGGAGGCCGUGGAGGACCUGGUGGUCGUGGGGCUGGUGAAAGCCAUCGGGGUGUCCAGCUCCAACCACGAGCGGCCGGAGAGACUUUUGAACAAACCCAGCUUGAGAUCCAAGCCAAUGACUAACCAGGUUGAGUGCCACCCGUAUCUGACCCAGAAGGACCUGAUCCGUUUCUGCCAGUCCAGAGACGUGUCCGUGACCGCGUACCGGCCCCUUGGCGGUUCCAGUGAGGGGGUGGACCUGAUGAAUGACCCUGUGAUUCAGAGGGUGGCCCAGAAGUACAACAAGUCUCGGCCCAGGUAGGAGGGGGCUGCCGGGGCUAUUUUGCUCUGAUUUCAGAUCCAGAGGAAUGUGAUCGUGAUCCCCAAAUCAGUCACCCCAAAGCGGAUUCUUGAGAAUAUCCAGGAAAGUGUGUUUGACUUUGAACUAUCAGAACAGGAUAUGAAUGACAUCCUCGGCCUGGACAGGAACUUCCAAAUGUGCCGGCUACCCACAUAAGUAGCUGUGAACCACAAGGACUAUCCUUUCAACAUAGACUACUGAGCAUGGCUCCCCCUUCCUCCUCCUGCUGCCUGGACAAACACCCCCAGCUCCCACCCGGCCCGCCUUGGCACAGGGCGGCCAAGGAGGGGAGGGAUGGGUUUGAUUUGGUGGAUUCUCGCCUGGAACAGAAGCUGAGCUCCCUGAGAAAUUCACACGGUUCAGCUGGUCUCAGUGACAGAGACAAACACCACGGGAGCGAUGAUUACUCUCUGUGGAGAACCUCCGUCCUCAGAAUCCUUUGAGCACAGUGUGAUGGGGUUUUUACGAGACAAGCCAAGUGGCCUGUACUCUCGAAGAAAAGAUUGUAUGGUGGAAAUACUCAAAUACAAGUGUUGAGAUCAUCACGUGGUGAGUCUCUACGUCUGUCACUCAGCCCCCUCACCAACCCUGGGCUGGCCCCGCGUCGUCUGUGCGCCUCUGUCCCUGCCAAUCCCCCAAAAUCCUUACCUUCACACAACCAGGGAACACCUGGCUAAAAGUGGGAGAUGUCUCAGUUCAACAGAGAGGCUUUUUUUCUUACUCAGGUAAACCCAUGGAAACCCCAGCUCAGAGAGGAAAUGUGGGCCAUUCCCGUCAGGCAGUCAGGGUCCACCUGGUCCCGGGGCUCCAUCAGGAAGGGCAUGGGGGCUCAUGUCCACACAGGCUCAUUCAGGGCAGUGUGUGACUUGUCUCACUAGGUGGCACUUGGGCACCAAGCUUGGGGCCAUUUUUUAUUUUGAGCUGCUGUAAAUUAUGUUAGAUUAAAAAGGGUCAUUUUCUUGAAUGAAUUC